AUGAAACCAUCGACCUUGUCUAAGGCGACCAGCCACACUCCACCAGACACCUACUUCAAGUGCAGUAAGGAAGGCCACUGGGCCAACCGGUGCCAACAGCCACAUCUACCCACCACUCCUUGCCCAGCAUGUGGUCAAGAGGGACACUGGAAAAGUGACUGCCCCUGGACAAAUGUCCGGAGAGUCAGUCCUUCCAUCUCUAAACCUGCCGAUGGCAGUUUUGGGUCUGGCUGCCAAAGACUGAAGAGGCCCCGACUCAGUGACCCCAAUCACCCUUGCCAAGCCCAGGGUAACAAUCAAGAUCUACUGACAGCUGAAAAAGGAGGGACCUGCAUCAUCCUUCAGAAGGAAUGUUGCUACUAUGUCAAUGACAGGCCCCCUCCAAAGUUCAGCUGUCUAAGCCUACUGUCACAUACCUUGGACUUAGUCUCACCCCCACUUCCCCUCAUCUCACUGUUGAUCGCCAGCAGGCUCUUCGCGACCUCCAGUCACCCACCACUGCCGAACAAAUCCUGUCCUUCCUCAGGCAACUUCUCCAUGCCCACGCAGACCAAUAUCUGCCUCAGCUGCAGGAAACCUACUCUGAUAUCUCUAACACUGGUAUACAGCCUGGUGACUCAGAGAAAUGCUGCUACUACAUCAACAAAUCCAGCCUAUUUCUUCAACACCGCCUGCAGGAAUUAUCCAGAGUGACAGUAAAUCAGAUACUUCUUCACCCCUACUCUCCCCUUCCAGUCACCCCUCCACCAGCUGACUCCAACCCAUAGGCCCCACUACACCCCUCAAAAGUAGGAAGUAGCCAGAAAGACCAAGAUGCACUAUUCUCACUAAAAGGCUGGAAUGUAAGGCUGGUGGCAGGCACCCCUCCCCUCCCUAAUGGAAAAAGAAGCCCACGAGACCUGCC